ACACCCGAGAAAGUUUCAGCCAAACUUCGGGCGGCGGCUGUGGCGGCGGCCCAGGAACGGCGGACUCGGGGUGCAGGGAGUGGAGACACUGAAGCCUGAGCUUUGGGGCGCCGCGCGAGGCCGUGAGCCGCGGAAGUAGGAGGAAGGGAGGAGAAAGCGGGGGCUCCCCUGUCGGGACCCCCUCCCCAUGUGGAUCUGCCCAGGCGGCGGCGGCGGAGGAGGAGGCGACCGAGAAGAUGCCCGCCCUGCGCCCCGCUCCGCUGUGGGCGCUGCUGGCACUGUGGCUGUGCCGCGCGGCCCCGGCGCGUGCAUUGCAAUGUCGGGAUGGCUAUGAGCCCUGUGUAAAUGAAGGAAUAUGUGUUACCUACCACAAUGGUACAGGAUACUGCAAAUGUCCAGAGGGCUUCCUGGGAGAAUACUGUCAACAUCGAGACCCCUGUGAGAAGAAUCGCUGCCAGAAUGGUGGGACGUGUGUGGCCCAGGCUAUGUUGGGGAAAGCUGCGUGCCGAUGUGCCCUGGGCUUCACGGGCGAGGACUGCCAGUACUCCACUACUCACCCCUGCUUCGUGUCUCAGCCCUGCCUGAACGGAGGCACCUGCCACGUGCUUGGCCGGGACACCUAUGAGUGCACCUGCCAAGUCGGCUUUACAGGUAAACUGUGCCAGUGGACUGAUGCCUGCCUGUCCCACCCCUGUGCAAAUGGAAGUACCUGCACCACUGUGGCCAACCAGUUCUCCUGCACGUGCCUCGCAGGCUUCACGGGGCAGAAAUGUGAGACUGACAUCAAUGAGUGUGACGUUCCAGGGCGGUGCCAGCACGGGGGCACCUGCCUCAACCUCCCGGGCUCCUAUCAGUGCCAGUGCCCCCAGGGCUUCACGGGCCGGCACUGCGACAGUCCCUACGUGCCGUGUGCGCCCUCCCCCUGUGUUAACGGGGGCACCUGCCGCCAGACCGGCGACUUUACCUUCGAGUGCAGCUGCCUUCCAGAAAUAAGAGAAACGGAGCUCUGGGAAAGGAUUGAUAAGUCUAUGAAUGGAAAGGAACAUAAGGAGAAUUAG